AUGCGCCAUGCCCUGCUGAGCUUCGCUUUGCUGAGCCUGGCCACAGUCUUUGGUGCCGGCGCUCAGCAGCCAAGUCUGGACACAGAGCAAAGCUUGGACGAUGUCUGGAUCUUCCCUGGACAAGCCUGGGUGGGUCACGCCCCGGCCGGCAGCCACUUCGCCCUCACAGACGAGUCACACCCGGCUUGGCUUCAGCUCGAAGCCAACGCGACCACGUUGGCCGCUGCUGCAAGCGUUCAGGCACACAUGGGUCAGGCCUUUGUGCAAGUUCUUGAUACUCAACAAACUGUGACAGACGUCUUUCGCAUCGCUCUUGGUGCAACCCCACUGCCAACAUCAUCCGGCACUAACUUUGCCUUGACCGUGCAAACCGGCUCUCCAUCGUCCCUCACGAUUACCGAGCUGGCGCAAUUCUUGCUGGGGCUUCAAGCCCAAGUGGACGCCGAGCUUGGCUCCUCUGAAGCUCUCAAAGUACUCUACCAAGGCCAGCGCGUUGUUACUCUCCAAGCCCGCUACAUGGCGGAGGGCAAUGCUGACAUGCGCGCGGUCGCGCUUGACCUGCAAGUCAUCUCCACACUGUCUCUCAACACGGCACGCGUGGUUGUAUCGGAUGCCUUGCCCACGUUGGCCAGCCAACUUAACCGAGGUUUCUGGUUCGAUCAUAUGCACGUAGCAUCAGCUGAAGCAACGCCAACUCCAGAGCCUGAACCAGCCAUCCAAGGCGUCCCCUUGAUGCAGUUUCUACCCGUUCCCACCAACGUGGCCCGUGUUCGCCGCGCUGACCCCAUCACAACCACGAAUGCUCCUACCACAACCGGGGGGGACGCCCCCAUUGACAUGGUCCUCGUCAUCGAUGGCUCGGGCAGUAUGGGCCAUGCAGCAUAUAAUCGUUCCCUAGACAACGCAGCCGCCUUGGUGUCGCGUCUAGCCCUGGCGAGCUCUAAUAUCCGCGUGGCAGCUGUUGAACUCAAGGGCACGCCAAUCACCAUCUUUGAUUUUGACGAGUAUUCUUCAACCAACGAUAUGCGCAAUGCAUUUCUGGCUCACAAGAGCCGAUACGUUGAGAACCGAGGCAGCAAUGUCGCUGGCACGUUGGAUUUCAUCCGGAGCGAGAUUCUCGUUUCCAACAAAGGUCAUCGCCUUUUUGCCGACAUCCCGACCAUUAUUUUUACGGAUGCGCGUGCAUCGCAAUCUGACAUCUUUAUCGAAGAAGCUGCACAGCGCUUGCGCAGCGUUGGGGGUCGCCUUUUCGUGUUUGGCAUCGAUAUCAAUACUGAAGCACAGGAGCAGCAACUACUUUUUAUCGCGGGCUCGAACGAAGGUGUGCUGAAUCUGACCGCAUUCGAGGCCAGCCAGGUUUCCAAUGAUGAGGCAAGCAUUGAGUUUAUGAUGCAGACAAUUCUCGAUACAAACAUCAGCGCGAAUCCAACCACGCUGCCCGCAAUGGAUUCUCUGUGCAACAAUUCGGUGGACGUUGUCUUUGUACUGGAUACGCUGGACUCUGCCACCAACUCUAUCGGGUCCAAACGAGACUUACUGGCUGAUCUCGUUGAUGAUUUGCGCCUUCGCCAUGAUCAGACGAGGGCUGCCGUGCUUGUGGACGAGGGGAGUCCACGCAUUGUCUUUGGCCUUGAUCAGUACGACAGCAGUGCCGGUGCUUCUCGAACCAUUCACAAUGGCCCGCUACUCGCCACAUCGACGAUCAACACCAGUGCCAUUCCAGCCUUUAUUGAUAAUACGUUUGGUUCGGCAUUUCGUGCAAACGUAUUACGCGUAGUCGCGUGGGUCUUGCCAAGCGAUGCUGAAACAGAUUCCUUGGUCGUGCAAGCGUCGCUCGAGAAUUUGGCCCUGCGCGGUUACACGGUUGUUGUCUUGGUGGCAUCGGAUACAGUUUUGGAUGUGUCUGAACUCCCGGUGUCCCGCUUUGAUCCCAAUGAUGAAACUUAUGAUGCAAUGAAUGUCGUUGACUUGGGAAUCUGCGAUCAGGCGAUUGUGGCCACCACACCGUCGAGCACCGUGCUUCCAACACCGACCAUCUCCGUUGGUCUCAGCAGCACAAUUGUGCCUACCCCCACCAUUACAAGCUCGAGCAUUGGGUUGACAACAUCAUCUCUAGCUAGCACGAGUACCUCAACCUUGUUGAGCAGUAGCUCCGCCAUGUUGUCAUCGACACUCCAGCCGGUGAGCAGCACCAGCAGCGUUGCGCCAUCAAGCACCAGCAUUGUCGUAUCCCCCAGCCCCAGCGCCACGGUCGUGCCACAGUUCUGUGACUUUACCGAGCAGGACGUGGUCCUCGUGCUGGACAUGUCCGGAAGCGUGGAUGUAGCUGACUACAACCGGAUGCUGCAGGUGGCGCGCGCCACCAUCAACAGCCUGCCCAUCAAUGAGGGCCUGGUUCGAGCUGCUCUAGUCUUGCUCAAGGGCACGCCGAGUAGCCCGGUCUCGCUGGCUCAGGGCACAAGCCGCGAGGCUUUGCUGGACGGCGUGGACAACCUCGUGUACUCGAGCACACGUCCGUCUGCCGCGGCUACCACGUUGGCGUACGUGCGUGAGACGGUGCUGACGGCAGCCAACGGAUAUCGCGGGGGGCAGGCCACAGUGCUGCUGUUUACGGAUGGUGACUCGCAGGAGCCGUUUACGCAGGUUGAGGCGGAGGCUCAACAGCUCCGCGCCCUGCCUGGCGGCGUGAAGAUUGCCACAGUGGGCUUCCCUGUGGAUCCUGUGGCCAGUUCGGAGAUUGACGUGGACACGCUGGCAGCGUUGACGGGAUGCGUUCCUUCGGGACCUGUUUUGCGUCGUACUCACCAGCACUGUGGCGCCGACCUCAAGCUAUGUGGCCAGCACUUUUGCUCCCUCGUCAUCUUUUGUGGCCUCAACCUUCGCGCCAUCGUCGACCUCCUUCCAGCCCUCCAUCAUCUCCAGCACCUCUUCCGUGGCCCCUUCCCCGAUUUCAUCGAUUGCGCCGGUGUCCUCUUCGGUGUUGCUCACCCCGACCGUUUCAUCGUCAUACGCGAUCUCUUCGUCUCUACUGACGGCAACGCCUUCAGUCAGUUUGUCGCCAAGUACAAGCGCCACGGCCACAGCCAGCCCGCAGUCAAGCUUCUCGGUUACCUCAAGCGUCGAUCUGACUGCCACGCCGACGGCUUCCAGUAUUUUCUCAACCAGCGUGUCACUUUCGGCCACGCCAACGGUGUCCUCGACCCCAGUCUCGAUUCCCAUCUCCAGCUCCAGUACACUGUUGUCGUCGUCGAUCCCGUCAAGCCUUUCCAGCUCAAUUACAUCCAGCCCAUUGGUGACACCGUCAGCAUCCACCUCGAGUGUCUUUGCCACUUCGUCUUUGUCGCCCACGACAACAUUGCCUGCGCCUUCCUCGACCGUUUCCUCAAAUCUGGGUUCAUCCGCUACUUCAGUGGUUCCGAGUGCAAGCACGUCGACAUCCAUUCAACCUUCAACUUCAGUGGCCGCCUCAGUUUCAACCUCGGCGUUUUCCUCAGUUUCGGUGUCAUCUUCUUUGGGUUCAUCGGCCUCCAUGACGGCUUCGAGCAGCUCGUUUGCUUACUCGUCUGUGGUGCCGUCCACCGCCUCGCUUUCACCGUCGGCAAGCGCGACGGCUUCUUCAGGAUUCAGCAGUACCGUGACUACAUCGGCAUCUUCCAGCUCAGGAUUUUUGUCAUCGACGGUGACCUCCAUGCAUCGAGCAGUGCAUCUGCAACACCGACAACCUCUAUCGCACCCUCGGCCUCGGCCUCGCCCACGGCGUCUCCCUCGCCCUCGGCCUCGCCAACGCCAACGCCAACGCCAACCCCUGUGCUAUCGCGGCCUUUCCUGCUCAAUGCUUUGCCACGAGACUUGGUGGCGCCCGUACCUGCUGGCGUCUUCUCCUAUCAAGUGCCAGAUGACACGUUCUGGGAUCCUGAGGAUGGCUUUGCAUUGUCGUUUAAUGUGGCCUCUUUUGGCCCAGCUGCCAACUGGCUGCAGUACGUGGACGCAAUGCGCACCUUCUUUGGCGCCCCAACGGCUGAGGAGGCUGGAGCGUACGCAUAUCAACUGACUGCGGUUGACUCUGACGGUUUAGUGUCUGAUCCCACACAUUUGUUGGUUGUGGUGCCUGUGGACACGACCGUGGACAGCGUGCUUGAGGUGGAAAUGGAGAUAACAACGGCCGGUUCCGGGGAGGCAGCCCCCAACUCACGCCGCCGCGCUGAUUGCACCACGACCUUGUCGCCUCUGGAUCGCGUGGCUCUACUCGAGGCUGCAGAUGACGUGGUGCCCGCGGCCGAUUUUGCAAUUCAGUCGAUUGAGACGAUUGAAACGGCAGGUGGUUGCGGGCUCAUCGAAAACUCGGCCGCACGCCUACAAGAGGCCGUUAAUGCGGUCAGCAGCAACCCAUUGGUGAUUGAAUCUGUGGAAGCUGUGGUAGAGGAAUGUCAAGUUUUGGCAGCACCAACACCUCGAAGCGCGGCCGAACGGGAUCUGCGGUCAUUUGCCGUGCCAUUUAUCGCAAUUGCCAUGGUGUUGUUGCUGGCCUGUAUUCUUCUCUUUGUGGUUUUGCGGCGAGUGCGCACCAAGGGCGAGACCGAUGCGCUGUUCGGUCCUCGUAAACCCGUCUUACUACCCACCGAUCGAAAUCUGCCUCGCAACGAGAUUGCGACGACUUCACCCAAGCUGCUGGCAUCUGGUCCUUGGGGUUACGAUGCUGUUGGCACGGACAUAUUUGCUUCGGAAGGUGAUGAACCAGCGGCUCCCCAACCGUCAGCUACGCACAAAAGCAAGGAGCUGUUUGGAAGCGCCCCACCUUAUCGUCCGCCUCCGGCCUAUCCCUCGGCUCUCUAUUCGGAGGACGGUGGUCCCUUUGAGUCCGUAGGAGGAAUGAAUGAACAAUAUGGACCGGAUAUGAUCACGACCAUCACGACAACGACAACGACGACAACCCAGUAUGGCGCCUUCAAGCCGGCUCCCCCGUACCUGGAGCCCCCAGACUACGCCACUGCUAUGAGCGACCCAACUGAGGGUUACGAGGAGCCAGCACUGACCCGCUUUGCGGCUGCCAAUGACCCCAGCCGGCCAAGCGGUCGGUAUGGACUUCCUCGCGGUUCGUCUCGAUAUGAAGAAGAAUAG